AUGUCAAACAGCAGCACAACACAGGAGUCCCUGGAAAUAAUGAAGGAGUCUGAAAAAAAAGUGAUUGAGGAAUCUGUGAACAAAACCAGAUAUGUAUCCAGGUCGCCGAGCAAGGAAGAGAUGGAGAAGGAUGGGGGGGAAGAAGUCAGCGUGCGCCAGGAAUCUCAGAGGCGAACUUCAAGUCAUGGACAUGCCAGAAAAAGAGCCAAGUCUAAUUCAAAGCUUAAACUGGUCAGAAGUUUGGCUGUAUGUGAAGAAUCGUCUAGCCCCUUUGUAGAUGGGCUGCUGGAGUCCCAGGACAUCAUUCAGUUGCACAUUAGCUGCCCCUCUGACAAGGAAGAGGAAAAAUCCACGAAAGAUGGAGCUGAGAAAGAAGAAAAAGAGAAGAAUAAAGAAAAAGCACCGAGGAAAAUGCUGUCUCGAGAUUCCAGCCAGGAAUAUACAGACUCUACUGGAAUAGACUUGCAUGAAUUUUUAGUAAAUACACUGAAAAAAAACCCACGGGAUAGAAUGAUGCUACUAAAGUUAGAACAGGAGAUUCUGGAAUUUAUUAGUGAUAACAACAACCAGUUUAAGAAGUUCCCUCAGAUGACCUCAUACCAUAGGAUGCUGCUGCACCGGGUAGCUGCCUACUUCGGCAUGGACCAUAACGUUGACCAAACUGGGAAGGCAGUCAUUAUCAACAAGACCAGUAACACACGAAUCCCUGAGCAGAGGUUCUCUGAGCACAUCAAAGAUGAGAAGAAUGCAGAGUUCCCACAGAGGUUUAUCCUAAAACGAGAUGAUACCAGCAUGGACCGAGAUGAUAAUCAGAUCAGACUCCCCUUGCAGGAUGGGAGAAGGAGCAAAUCUAUAGAAGAGCGAGAGGAAGAGUAUCAGCGGGUCAGGGAGCGGAUAUUUGCACGAGAGACUGGCCAGAAUGGAUAUCUCACCGACAGCAGAAUCUCCAAAGAAGGCUUUUCUUCUAGUUCUCACAAACGGAGGCAGAUUUUUAGGGGUAACCGGGACAGUUUGAACCGGGCCUCAGGCAGCCGUCAGAGCAGCACAGAGAGCGAGAUAAAGUCGCUGGAGCCUCGGCCCUGGAGCAGCACAGAUUCAGAUGGCUCCAUCCGCAACCUGCGACCACCUGUUACCAAAGCCAGCAGCUUCAGUGGCAUCUCCAUCCUUACACGAGGGGACAGCAUCGGGAACAGCAAAGGCAGCGCUGCCAGCAGGACGUCCCGGGCAG